GAUCCGUCCCCAGCUGCCUAAAGAGAAGAUCGAGGGAUGUCACAUCUGCACCUCGGUGACACCGGGCGAGCCCCAGGUGCUGCUGGGGAAGGACAARGCCUUCACCUACGACUUUGUCUUUGACCUGGACACAUGGCAGGAGCGCAUCUACACCACGUGCAUGGGGAAGCUCAUCGAGGGCUGCUUCGAGGGCUACAACGCCACGGUGCUGGCCUACGGGCAGACCGGCGCAGGGAAGACCUACACCAUGGGCACAGGCUUCGACAUGAACAUCUCGGAGGAGGAGCAGGGCAUCAUCCCGCGCGCCAUCAGCCACCUCUUCAGCGGCAUCGAGGAGCGCAGGCGGGCGGCCCAGAGCCAGGGCCUGGCCGCGCCCGAGUUCAAAGUCAGCGCCCAGUUCCUGGAGCUCUACAACGAGGAGAUCCUGGACCUGUUYGACAGCACCCGCGACCCCGAGGCACGGCACCGCAAAUCCAACAUCAAAAUCCACGAGGAUGCCAGCGGGAGCAUCUACACCACGGGGGUCACGUCACGCCUCAUCAGCUCACAGGAUGAGCUGAUCCAGUGCCUCAAGCAAGGAGCUCUGUCCCGCACCACCGCCAGCACGCAGAUGAAUGUGCAGAGCUCCCGCUCCCAYGCCAUCUUCACCAUUUACCUGUGCCAGACCAGAGUGUGUGCCCGCCCGGAGCUGGUGACUGGRGAGGUGACCAGCAUUCUGGAUGGAUCCCAGCCCACCACGGAGUAUGAGACCUUGACAGCCAAGUUUCACUUUGUGGACCUGGCUGGCUCGGAGAGGCUGAAGAGGACGGGAGCGACGGGCGAGAGAGCCAAGGAAGGGAUCUCCAUCAACUGUGGGCUGCUGGCCUUGGGGAAUGUCAUCAGUGCCCUUGGGGAYCAGAGCAAGAAGGUGGUGCACGUGCCCUACCGCGACUCCAAACUCACCCGCCUGCUGCAGGACUCCCUCGGGGGCAACAGCCAAACCAUCAUGAUCGCCUGYGUGAGCCCCUCGGACCGGGAUUUCAUGGAGACCCUGAACACGCUCAAGUACGCCAACCGGGCUCGCAACAUCAAGAACAAAGUGGUGGUGAACCAGGACAAGACGAGCCAGCAGAUCAGCGCCCUGCGCGCYGAGAUCGCCCGGCUGCAGAUGGAGCUGAUGGAGUACAAGGCAGGCAAGCGGGUGAUCGGGGAGGAUGGCGCCGAGGGCUACAGUGACCUGUUCCGUGAGAACGCCAUGCUGCAGAAGGAGAACAGCGCCCUGCGCAUGCGCRUCAAGGCCAUGCAGGAGGCCAUCGACGCCAUCAACAGCAGGGUCACCUACCUCAUGAGCCAGGAGGCCAACCUGAUGCUGGCCAAAGCAGGGGACGGCAACGAAGCCAUCGGAACCCUCAUCCAGAACUACAUCCGGGAGAUCGAGGAGCUGAGGACCAAGCUCCUGGAGAGCGAGUCCAUGAACGAGUCCCUGCGCCGCAGCCUCUCACGCGCCUCUGCCCGGGCCCCCUACGCCAUGGGCUCCUCUCCGGCCGCUGGCCUGGCCGGGCUCUGCAGCCCCGCGGCCCCACUGGACACCGAGGCCUCYGACGUGCUCCGCCGGGCCAAGCAGGACCUGGAACGCCUCAAGAAGAAGGAGCGGAGGCAGCAGAGGAAGAGCCCAGAGAAGGAGGCGUUUAAGAAAAGGCAGAAACUGCAGCAGGACAAUGGGGAGGAGACGGAUGAGAACGAGGUGGAAGAGGAGGAGGAAGAACAGGAUGAGAGUGGCUGUGAGGAGGAGGAUGGGCGUGAGGAUGAAGAUGAGGACUCGGGCAGCGAAGAGAGCCUGGUGGACUCAGACUCGGACGCAGAGGAGAAGGCCGUGAAUUUCCAGGCCGACUUGGCGGAUCUGACCUGCGAGAUUGAGAUCAAGCAGAAGCUGAUUGAUGAGCUGGAGAACAGCCAGCGGCGUUUGCAGACCCUCAAGCACCAGUACGAGGAGAAGCUGAUCCUGCUGCAGAACAAGAUUCGGGACACGCAGCUGGAGCGGGACCGGGUCCUGCAAAACCUCAGCACCAUGGAGUGCUACACCGAGGAGAAGGCCAACAAGAUCAAAGCAGACUACGAGAAGAGGCUGAAGGAGAUGAACAGGGACCUGCAGAAGCUGCAGGCAGCCCAGAAGGAACACGCUCGCCUGCUCAAGAACCAGUCCCGUUACGAGCGGGAGCUGCGCAAGCUGCAGGCAGAAGUGGCCGAGAUGAAAAAGGCAAAGGUGGCACUGAUGAAGCAGAUGCGGGAGGAGCAGCAGCGGCGGCGGCUGGCGGAGACCAAACGGAACCGGGAGAUCGCGCAGCUCAAGAAGGAGCAGCGCCGGCAGGAGUUCCAGAUCAGGGCUCUGGAGUCUCAGAAACGGCAGCAGGAAAUAGUGCUGCGGAGGAAAACCCAGGAGGUGUCAGCGCUGCGCCGUCUGGCCAAGCCCAUGUCAGACCGGGUGGCCGGCAGGAUGAGCCAGAAGCCGGCCAUGCUGGACUCGGGUGCCGAGGUCUCAGCCAGCACCACCUCCUCCGAGCCCGAAUCUGGUGCUCGCUCCGUCUCCAGCAUCGUGCGCCAGUGGAACAGGAAAAUCAACAACUUCCUGGGAGACCCCUCGUCCUCCAUUAACGGGGCUCGGCCUGCCAGGAAGAAGUUCCCCAAGAAGGGGUCAAGCCAGACCUUCAGCAAAGCUGCCCGGCUCAAGUGGCAGUCGCUGGAGCGGCGCAUCUUCGACAUUGUCAUGCAGAGGAUGACCAUCGUCAAUCUCGAGGCGGACAUGGAGAGGCUCAUCAAGAAACGCGAGGAGCUGUCACUGCUGCAGGAAGCGCUGCUGGGCAAGCGAGCGAAGCUGCAGGCGGAGAGCCCCAUGGAGCAGAAGGGGCUGCAGGAGCUGAAUGAGGAGAUCGAGGUGCUUGGGGCCAACAUUGACUACAUCAAUGACAGCAUUUCCGACUGCCAGGCCACCAUCAUGCAGAUCGAGGAGACCAAGGAGGAGCUGGACUCCACGGACACCUCGGUGGUCAUCAGCUCCUGCUCCCUGGCCGAAGCCCGGCUGCUGCUGGACAACUUCCUGAAGGCCUCCAUUGACAAGGGGCUGCAGGUGGCCCAGAAGGAGGCGCAGAUCCGGCUGCUGGAGGGGCGGCUGCGGCAGACGGACGUGGCCAGCUCCUCGCAGAACCACGCUCUGCUGGACGCCCUGCGGGAGAAGGCAGAGUCCCACCCUGAGCUGCAGGCACUGAUCCACAACGUGCAGCAAGAGAACGGCUACACCAGCACAGACGAGGAAGUUUCAGAGUUCAGCCUGGCCUCAGAUGGAAGCAUCUCCCAGUCUUUCACCAUGAAGGGCUCAGCAAGCCAGGAUGACUUCAAGUUCAAG